AUGUUGCCGGCGCGCUUCGUGCAUCACGGUUUUCAGGCUGGCGAAACCAUUGAAGUGCAGGGGCUCCAGGUGCGCACCUGCCUGCUCAACCAUCCCACCGGCUCCACGGCUUACCGGUUCGACUGCGACGGCCGCGCUGUCUGCUAUAUCAGCGACAUUGAGCACGCCGCAGACGGCCCGCCCGAAGAACUCCGGCAGUUUGUCGCUGGCGCUGACCUUGUCAUCUAUGAUUCCAUGUUCCUCGAAGAGGAAUAUGGCCGGUGCAUCGGCUGGGGCCACUCCACCUGGCGCGAGGGCGUGCGGCUGUGCCGUGAGGGCGGCGCCGCCGCCAUGGCCAUGUUCCACCUGCAUCCCGAUCGCGACGACGCCCAGCUCGACGCCAUCGCGGCCGAACUCGGGGCCGAGGCGCCUAGCUCAUUCAUCGCCCGCGACGGGUUGACCCUGCGCUACCCUGGGCGCGGCUGA